ACACGGCAUAAGUAACGUUCAGUCUGCCUCUAGAAGUCGAUCGUGAUCGUGGCCAGUCAGUUCCGCUCGCUAGCACUAAAAGCCGUAGCCCUCCAAAAACCCCCCCUCCAAAAAAAGCAUCUACAAAAUACAAGUGUUUUUUUUCUAGUUUAAGUUUAAGACUCGCGCGCGCUCUUCGAGUUCUGUUUUUCUGUUGUUGGUCCCAAGCCCCCGCAUAAAAACACACAAAUAUCAAGACAAAAUGAAGUACUUCAACAUCUGCCUGCUCUUCAUUGUCUGCGCCCUGUGCUACGGCCUGGUGUCCGCCCAGGAGGAGGGUAGUCCGGCCGUCUCGCCGGCGAAGAGGAUCGCCGCCCUGCGCCGGCCCGUCGGCAAGGCGGCCAAGGUGACCACCACGACGACACCGGCGCCAGCUCAGGCGGAUGCCGGCGGCGAGGGCGAGGAGUACGACGAGGAGGCCGGCGAGCAUGGCGACCACGGCGAGGAGGGCGACGAGGCGGCCUUCGCCAGCUCCACCACCACCACCACCACGGAGGCGCCCAAGAAGGUCGGCCCGGUCAUCCGGCCGUUCCGCUCCAACGACGACUUCCUCAACUCGCUGAAGCGCCGCCAGGCGAACGCCAAGAAGCAUCGCGCCGAGAAGCCCCCCAGUCCCAGCAAGCCGGCCAAGAAGAGCGAGGAGUCCAACUCCGGCGAGCAGGAGGAGCCGGCCUCCGCGCCAGCACCCGCACCCGCCUCCAGUCCCGCCAAGGGCUACAAGGGCAAUUCGGCAUUGAGCCGUCGCAAGCUUUCGAAGCCCGCCAAGGCGACGCCCGUGGACGCGGUGGAGGAUGCCGCCGCCGAGGAGUCGGAGCAGCAGCAGAAGGAGGAGACGAAGCCCAAGCGCCCCAUCGGUCGUCUGGCCCUGCGGAAGCGCAACUAGGCGGGAUUGGGACCAAUCCAACUACCAUUCCCCAUGCCACAAAUCCCAACUUUCUCUGCCCUUUCCUUCCUCGCCACCCCAUCAAAUCAUAUGGCUAGCUAUGUGGCAGCCCGAUCUGCCCUUUAGUUCUUAGUUCGCAAUUGAUUUUUUGUGUAUGUAAUAUAUUUGUAAUUUUAUGUUGUAAACAAAAUCACACGCACACACGCAACACUCACUCAAUCACGCCCACAACCACGACCACGCCCACAAUCCAGAGCCAGCCCCCAUCCUCCAUGUCGGUGGUGAAUACGCCUAUAUAUUUCGCGAAUAUGUAGGCGGAUAUUUACACGGGCACAAUUAUGUAUUCUUCACAUCCAUCAAUCAAUCAA